CCAUCGCCCUCGUGGUCGCCCACGCCGGAGCCGGGACCACCGGGGGACACCGAGGGCUCGGCGGCGGCGGCGCUGGCUUUCCUGCAGACGGGGGAUGCUCAACGCCUGGCCAGGGCCAACUGCAGCCGGGGGGUCGCGGUGGGGGCCGCCGGCCCCGGGCCCCCCCCGGUGCUGCGUGCCGCCCUGCGUGCCGCCCCCGAGGCGCUGGCCCACGCCGCCAACUUCCUCAACAUGCUCUUCCAGACCAACGACAUCCGCGAGGCCAGCGUGGCCGAGGACGUGGAGUGGUACCAGGCGCUGGUCCGCAGCCUGGCCGAGGGGCACCCAUGGGUGCGGAGGGCGGUGUUGGCCCUCGACGCCCACCCUCUGGCCGCCAAACCCCGGUUGAUGCUCCAGGCCACCAAAAAGGAUGGUGAGAUCCUGCUCCAGGACGUCUCCGCCACCGCCGCCCCCGGCCUGGGCAACCUCAGCUGGGACAACGAGUGGUUCAACGCCCUCAAAUCCCAGAGGAACCCCCUCCUCCGCAAGCGCCUGCUCAGCAACGACCUGCGCAGCAUGGAGACCCCCAAGUGGCAGCGGGGGGACAGCUACGUGGGGGAGCCGGCCCACGUGAGGUGGUCCCCACCAUUCCUCGAGUGCCGGGAUGGCAAGUUCCUUCCAGCCUGGGCGGUCACGCUCUCCUCCGCCUUCUACGGGCUCAAGCCGGACCUCAGCCCCGAAUUCAAGGGCGUCGUGCGGGUGGACAUCGAGCUGCGGGACGUGGCCAUCGACCAGUGCUCCACCGGCCCCGGCUGGUUCGCAGACACACACCGCUGCGACCUCAACAGCACCCAGUGUGUCCCCCAGGAGAGCCGUGGCUUCGUCCUCGGGAGGUACCUGUGCCGGUGCAAACCGGGCUUUUACGGGGCUAACGGAGUGGCCAGCGGUGCCCGGGCAGGUGCGGUGGGGGCAGAGGGGGGGUCCCGGUUGGGAUGCCAGCCCUGUCGCCAGGGAUGUGCCACCUGCCGGGACGACGCUCCCUGCCUCAUCCAGGAGGACCGGGCGCUGCGGGCGGCCGUGCUCUCCUGCCAGGCCUGCUGCAUGCUGGCCGUCUUCCUCAGCAUGCUCAUCUCCUACCACUUCCGACACAGCAAGAGGAUCCGGGCGUCAGGAGUCAUCCUCCUGGAGACCAUCCUCUUCGGGUCCCUCCUCCUCUACUUCCCCGUCUUCAUCCUGUACUUCAAGCCCAGCAUCUUCCGCUGCAUCGUCCUGCGCUGGGUGCGGAUGCUCGGCUUCGCCAUCGUCUACGGCACCAUCACCCUCAAGCUGUACAGGGUGCUGAAGGUGUUCCUGUCCCGCUCGGCCCAGCGGGUGCCCUACGUGUCGAGCGGGCGGGUGUUGAAGAUGCUGGGGCUGAUCCUGCUCCUGGUGCUGUGGUUCCUGGCGGCCUGGACCGUCGGGAUGUUGGAGAACGUGGACAAGAACAUCCCGUUGGUUGUCCGCACCCAGACCCCCCGUGGGCUCCACUUCUACAUCUGCGGCCACGACCGCUGGGACUACAUGAUGGUGAUCGCCGAAAUGCUGUUCCUGCUGUGGGGCAGCUCCCUGUGUUUCGCCACCCGUGCCGUGCCCUCCGCCUUCCACGAGCCCCGCUACAUGGGCAUCGCUCUCCACAACGAGCUCAUGAUCUCGGCCGCCUUCCACGUCGCCAGGUUCAUCAUGGUCCCCUCGCUUCACCCCGACUGGACGCUGCUGCUCUUCUUCGCUCACACCCACGGCACCAUCACCAUGACCCUGGCGCUGCUCUUCAUCCCCAAGUUCCUGCACGCCGGCUCGCCGCUGCGGGAGGAGAUCGCGGCCGAGGUCUACGAGGACGAGCUGGACAUGAGGCGCUCGGGCUCCUGCCUCAACAGCAGCAUCGCCUCGGCCUGGAGCGAGCACAGUCUCGACCCCGAUGACAUUCGGGAGGAGCUGAAGAAGCUUUACAGGCAGCUGGAGGUGCACAAGACGCGGAGGAUGGCAGCCAACAACCCCCACCUCCCCAAGAAACGCAGCUCCCGCCGCAGCCUGGGCCGCUCCCUCACACGCCGUGCCACCGAGACCCCCGAGGGGGGGACACGGCGGGGCAGCGGGGAACGGGGGGGCACCCCGACACAUCAUGGCUCCUGGCCCAAGCGGCUCCCCGAGGCCGGUGGUGCCAGCCUGAGGAUGCGGGAGGAGGGAUCCCGGCGCCGCGUCCCGUCCCUGGGGGGGUCCCGCAGCACCCAGGGUCCCACGAGGGAACCCCCGGGGGGCUCCUCCACCCCCGGGACCCCCACGCCGGGGAGGGAGACGACGGCGGUGAGGGCCGGGGAGCGCUCCGACAGCGAGUCCCUCGAGGACGCCCCGCUGGUCUGCAAGUCGGCCAGUGCCCACGACUUGGGGGGGCACGGGCGGCCCCCCCAGCCCCACGCAGCCCCCCCCUUGCAGAAGUCGCUCAGCGUGGUGGCCGGUGCCCGGGAGGAGGCCCUGCUCGCCGCCAGCCGAGCCGCCCGGGAGAAGUGGGCCAGCCGGCAACCAUCCUCCCUGGCCUCACAGCCCCCCGACGGCCACGGACCCCCCAGCGAAGCCGGGAAGCCCCAAAGCCCCCCUGCGGACGAUGCCACCCCCCCAGCCGGCUCCAGCCCCACCGAGGGGUGUCCCCAGGAGGACGUGUCCCCCCCGGGGGAUGGCAAAGUGCAGAAACACGUCACCUACGCGCCCAUCAAGAGCAUCAGCAUCGACAGCUCCCCCCUCCCGGGGCGGGUGCGGGUGGCAGUGAGGAAGACCCCCCCGCCACCCCCCGUGCGGUACCAGAGCCUGGGGCGGCGUGUGACAGUGGCUGGGGACAGCCCGGGGACAGCAGAGACACCCACGGACCCUCUGGCACAGGCAGGAGAGGGGACACGGGAGGGGACACAGGAGGGGACAGAGGAGGAAGAGCCGGAGCGUGUGUCCCCCCCGUCGGGGAAGGGCAGGCUGCUGAGCGCCGCCUCCAUCCCGGCACAGGUCUGUCCCUGGGAGCUGGUCCAGGACGAGAUCCUGAGCCAGAAGCAAAAAGCCGCCGAAGCAGCAGCCUCGGGGACCCCCGGUGAAGCAGCGACCACCCCCCCCAGCCUCCAGCCGCCCCCCCCCCAGAAGAUGACCAUCCGGAGCCUGGGACUCGCCAUCAAGGCCUUCAACCGCUCCCGGGGGAAGAGCCGCAACAACAACGCCAGCACCGACGGGGAAGGGGCAGACUGGGGGUACUGGGGGGGAGAGGCAGAAGGACGGUGGGACAGCCCAGCCCUGGGGACAGGAGACACUGAGAAGGUGGCAGAGGAGCCCGGUGCUCCCCAGGGGGACUUGGAUGCUGGAACUGGCCACCAAGAAGGAGCUGAAGAUCCCUGUGAGACCCCAGCGGUGGCCGGCAGCGGGAAAGCACUGACACCUCCCCAACGAGGGGACAAGGGUCCCAUGGCAGAGCUGGGGAAGGAUGCUCCUGGGGCCACCACGAGGCUGAUGGCACUGAAAGAAGGGGUGGCCGGGCCAGCUGAAGGGCUUGAUGGGGGCAGCAGGUCCAUCCAACCCCAGGACCGCACCAAGGUGGAGCAGCCAAAUGGAGAACCCACCCCAGGCAGCCCCCACUCACCCACCACCCGUGUGUGGGGAGCAGCCACCGAGAAGGUGGGGGCUGAGGUUUGUCCCCAGGGACCCCCCGCUAUCCCAGCAGGAAAAGCAGCCCUGCAGCGCCAGGAGGCGAUUGCCCCCCAGGAGGACGGUGGGGUCCCGUGGGGCAGGGAGAGCCCAGCCAAGGGGCUGGAGAAGGGGGGCAGCCAGCCUGAACCCCUUGGUCCCGUGGGGGGCCGGGGCACCCAGAGGGUCCCUGCCAAGAGCCAGAGCGUGGAGGUGGUCCCGGCUGCGGUGGGGAAAGGCAGCAGCACGGCCACUGAGGCAGAGGUUACACCAUCAGUUACAGGGAAAUCAAGAGAGGACAAAGAUGGUCUGUCCAUAGGGAGCAAAAGCACUUCUAAAAAUCAAGAUCUCCGCAAAGAGACUCAGGGUCUCCUCAAAGAGACUGGAGAGAGCAUGGGUGGAAAGAAAGAGAAAUCAAGUGGGGACCGAGAGUCCAUCUGUCCCUGGGAGAGCCUGGGCACCGAGGAGACACCAGAAAAACCCCGUCCCAGGAGCCCGGCGCUGCCAAAAUCACCUUCAAAGAAAUCCCAGAGCGUGGAGAGCCUGAAGGCAGAGGUCUGUCCCUGGGAAGUUCCAGAGCUCGAAUCGACAGAAAAAGCAGCAAUCUUUCCCUGGGAAGUGGCUGCUCCUCCCUCAGAGCAACCAAAGGCAAAGCAGGGGCCUGGGGGGGCUUCCAAGGGGGAGAAGCGCAUCACACGCCAGGCAGCGCUGGGCAGCCCGGUGAGAUCUCUGGGGCAGGGCAGCAGCGAGAGAGAGGCCAUCUGUCCCUGGGAGAGCCUGGGGACAGAGGAGACACCAGAAAAGCCCUAUCCUAGGAGCCCGGUGCUGCCCAAAUCAUCUUCAAAGAAAUCCCAGAGUGUGGAGAGCCUGAAGGCAGAGGUCUGUCCUUGGGAGGCUCAGGAGCUCGAGCCCACUGAUAAAGCAGAAAUCUGUCCCUGGGAGGCAGAAGUUCCAUCAUCAGGUAAAGAGAAAUCAAGACAGGACAAAGAUUGUCUGUUCAUGGGGAGCAGAAACCCUUCUAAAAGUCAGGGUGUCCUCAAAGAGACUGGAGAGAGCACAGCUGCAAAGAAGGAGAAAUCAAGUGGGGACCGUGAGUCCAUCUGUCCCUGGGAGAGCCUGGGGACAGAGGAGACACCAGAAAAGCCCCGUGCCAAGAGCCCGGCGCUGCCCAAAUCACCUUCAAAGAAAUCUCAGAGUGUGGAGAGCCUGAAGGCAGAGGUCUGUCCCUGGGAGGCUCAGGAGCUUGAAGCUGAUGAUAAAGCAGAGGUCUGUCCUUGGGAGGCUCAGGAGCUCGAGCCCACUGAUAAAGCAGAAAUCUGUCCCUGGGAGGCAGAAGUUCCAUCAUCAGGUAAAGAGAAAUCAAGACAGGACAAAGAUUGUCUGUUCAUGGGGAGCAGAAACCCUUCUAAAAGUCAGGGUGUCCUCAAAGAGACUGGAGAGAGCACAGCUGCAAAGAAGGAGAAAUCAAGUGGGGACCGUGAGUCCAUCUGUCCCUGGGAGAGCCUGGGGACAGAGGAGACACCAGAAAAGCCCCGUGCCAAGAGCCCGGCGCUGCCCAAAUCACCUUCAAAGAAAUCUCAGAGUGUGGAGAGCCUGAAGGCAGAGGUCUGUCCCUGGGAGGCUCAGGAGCUUGAAGCUGAUGAUAAAGCAGAAAUCUGCCCCUGGGAGGUGGCUGCUCCACCAUCAGGUAAAGGAAAAGGAAAACUGGACAAAGAUGGUCUGUCCAUAGGGAGCAGAAGCCCUUCUAAAAGUCAGGGUCUCCUCAAAGAGACUGGAGAGAGCACGGCUGGAAAGAAAGAGAAAUCAAGUGGAGACCGUGAGUCCAUCUGUCCCUGGGAGAGCCUGGGGACAGAGGAGACACCAGAAAAGCCCCGUGCCAAGAGCCCGGCGCUGCCCAAAUCACCUUCAAAGAAAUCUCAGAGUGUGGAGAGCCUGAAGGCAGAGGUCUGUCCCUGGGAGGCUCAGGAGCUUGAAGCUGAUGAUAAAGCAGAAAUCUGCCCCUGGGAGGUGGCUGCUCCACCAUCAGGUAAAGGAAAAGGAAAACUGGACAAAGAUGGUCUGUCCAUAGGGAGCAGAAGCCCUUCUAAAAGUCAGGGUCUCCUCAAAGAGACUGGAGAGAGCACGGCUGCAAAGAAGGAGAAAUCAAGUGGAGACCGUGAGUCCAUCUGUCCCUGGGAGAGCCUGGGGACAGAGGAGACACCAGAAAAGCCCCGUGCCAAGAGCCCAGCGCUGCCCAAAUCACCUUCAAAGAAAUCCCAGAGCGUGGAGAGCCUGAAGGCAGAGGUCUGUCCCUGGGAGGCUCAGGAGCUCGAGCCCACUGAUAAAGCAGCAAUCUGUCCCUGGGAGGCAGAAGUUCCACCAUCAGUUAUAGAGAAAUCAAGACAGGACAAAGAUGGUCUGUCCAUAGUGAGCAAAAGCCCUUCUAAAAGUCAAGGUCUACGUGAAGAGACAGGAGAGAGCACGGCUGCAAAGAAGGAGAAAUCAAGUGGAGACCGUGAGUCCAUCUGUCCCUGGGAGAGCCUGGGGACAGAGGAGACACCAGAAAAGCCCCGUGCCAAGAGCCCAGCGCUGCCCAAAUCACCUUCAAAGAAAUCCCAGAGCGUGGAGAGCCUGAAGGCAGAGGUCUGUCCCUGGGAGGCUCAGGAGCUCGAGCCCACUGAUAAAGCAGCAAUCUGUCCCUGGGAGGCAGAAGUUCCACCAUCAGUUAUAGAGAAAUCAAGACAGGACAAAGAUGGUCUGUCCAUAGUGAGCAAAAGCCCUUCUAAAAGUCAAGGUCUACGUGAAGAGACAGGAGAGAGCACGGCUGCAAAGAAGGAGAAAUCAAGUGGAGACCGUGAGUCCAUCUGUCCCUGGGAGAGCCUGGGGACAGAGGAGACACCAGAAAAGCCCCGUGCCAAGAGCCCAGCGCUGCCCAAAUCAUCUUCAAAGAAAUCCCAGAGCGUGGAGAGCCUGAAGGCAGAGGUCUGUCCCUGGGAGGCUCAGGAGCUCGAGCCCACUGAUAAAGCAGAAAUCUGUCCCUGGGAGGUGGCUGCUCCACCAUCAGGUAAAGAAAAAGGAAAACUGGACAAAGAUGGUCUGUCCAUAGGGAGCAGAAGCCCUUCUGAAAGUCAGGGUGUCCUCAAAGGGACGGGAGAGAGCACAUCUGCAAAGAAGGAGAAAUCAAGCAACGACCGAGAGCCCAUCUGUCCCUGGGAGAGCCUGGGCACGGAGGAGACACCAGAAAAACCCUGUGCCAAGAGCCCAGCGCUGCCCAAAUCAUCUUCAAAGAAAUCCCAGAGCGUGGAGAGCCUGAAGGCAGAGGUCUGUCCCUGGGAGGCUCAGGAGUUUGAAGCUGGUGGUAAAGCAGAAAUCUGCCCCUGGGAGGUGGCUGCUCCUCUGCCGGAGAAAGAAGCAGCCCUGGGUCAGACGAGCCUCCCCCCAAAAAAAGCUGGUGCCCCCAAGUCUCUGGAGAAGGGCAGCAGCGAGCGUGAGGCCAUCUGUCCCUGGGAGAGCCUGGACAUGGAGGAGCCCUCCCUGCAAAGCGCGAUGGGGAAAGAGCCCUCCAAGAAAUCCGAGAGCACGGAGAGCAGAAAAUCCAGUGUUGGUGCCUGGGAGGUGGCAGAGCCCACUGGCUGGGAGAAGGAAAGCCUCAAACCAGGUAAAGAAAAAGGAAAACUGGACAAAGAUGGUCUGUCCAUAGGGAGCAGAAGCCCUUCUGAAAGUCAGGGUGUCCUCAAAGGGACGGGAGAGAGCACAUCUGCAAAGAAGGAGAAAUCAAGCAAGGACCGAGAGUCCAUCUGUCCCUGGGAGAGCCUGGGCACGGAGGAGACACCAGAAAAACCCUGUGCCAAGAGCCCAGCGCUGCCCAAAUCAUCUUCAAAGAAAUCCCAGAGCGUGGAGAGCCUGAAGGCAGAGGUCUGUCCCUGGGAGGCUCAGGAGUUUGAAGCUGGUGGUAAAGCAGAAAUCUGCCCCUGGGAGGUGGCUGCUCCUCUGCCGGAGAAAGAAGCAGCCCUGGGUCAGACGAGCCUCCCCCCAAAAAAAGCUGGUGCCCCCAAGUCUCUGGAGAAGGGCAGCAGCGAGCGUGAGGCCAUCUGUCCCUGGGAGAGCCUGGACAUGGAGGAGCCCUCCCUGCAAAGCGCGAUGGGGAAAGAGCCCUCCAAGAAAUCCGAGAGCACGGAGAGCAGAAAAUCCAGUGUUGGUGCCUGGGAGGUGGCAGAGCCCACUGGCUGGGAGAAGGAAAGCCUCAAACCAGGCGUGCACCCACGGGGAGCUGCCAGAGGCCAGGGACAAGGGACAGGGAAGUCCCAGCCAGUGGCAGGAGCCAGCACCAGGUCUCCACCACCACUGGGGAAAAAAACCCAGGGCAGAUCUGACGUCAGGGCUGAGCACAAGCCCCUGUGCCGUGUCCUGCCGGGCACCCAGCCCCCACGGAGCCCCCCGCCUCGGGGAGGGAGCACGGCUCCCGUGGGGGACAGCAGCCCCAGCAUCACCCAGGUUUGUCCCUGGGAAGCAGAAGAGGCUCCACCAGCAUCUGGCCAGACCAGCACAGACACGAGGAAAACCUCCGAGGUGUGUCCCUGGGAGGUGGAGAGUGUGGAACCCCCCCUGACCCCCCCCAGAACUGGGGGGAGCCCCCAGGACAGAGACAGGGCUGCCCACCCCAGUGACACCAAACCCGAGGUCUGCCCCUGGGAGGAGGAGUAG